AUGGACGCGAAUGCUAGGUCUAUUAGAUGGGAGCCAGAAACAAAUGAGAAAGGGAAGAGAUUGGAGGACUUCAUAGAUGAUUAUGAGCUAGAGAUUCUGAACAAAAAGAGGGAGGGCCCAACUUUUUCAUCAACCUCAGGAGAGUCAUACAUAGAUGUCACCUUAGCUACCCCAAAACUUGUACGGUACGCACAAAACUGGUCCAUCAGACGCGAGUGGGUGCAAAGCACCGACCACUAUGCGAUAGAGAUCAGCCUUGGAAUUCCAAGAGACGGGGAGGGCCUCGAUGGGGCUGAACCCAAGCGUUUCAACAUUGUGUUGGCCGAUUGGGAGAAGUUCCAUGAGAAACAACCGGAACUUGCAAGAGUGAAUCUUGAAGGUCUGGCGCUUGAAUCGGUCGAGGAUGUGGAAAGGUAUGUCGUUGUACUCACUAAAACGAUCAUAGAGUCAUGUGAAUUUGCUAUCCCACGGAAGAAGCCGCACAAAAAAUCAUACCCGUGGUGGACCAGAGAACGAACAAGAGAAAAGAGAAUGGUUCACAAAGCCAGGAGAAGACACCAGAGGGAGUUGGAAGUAGAAAAAAGGACUGAACUCAAAAAAAAAAAAAAAUUACUUGACACUUUGCAAGACAUACUCAAAACACGUAGAAAAACAGAGAGAAAACAGUUGGCGAGAGUUUGUCACGUCGAACGGUACCAAGGAGCCCUGGGGCAACGUUUACAAGCUCCAGGCAGACAAACACCAAGUUAA